AUGCUCAACUCAAUCCCUCUCCUGGCUCUGUUGAGCGCUGCAACUGUGCUCGUCGGCUCAGCUUCUGCUGCUCUUGACCCGAUUGUCAUCAAGGCACGUCUACUGUCUGGCUCGAAAUUCUUCUACAAAACCAACGGCACGCAGUUCUUCAUCAAAGGUAUAGCUUAUCAACAGGGUAUCGCACAGAACGGUGGCGGGUCUGCCAGCACCAACACCGGCUACACCGAUCCUCUCGCAGAUACUACCUCCUGUACACGAGAUAUUCCUCUCCUCCAAAAGGCCGGCGCGAACGUGAUUCGUACCUACGCGGUCGAUCCAACCAAGGACCAUACGACAUGUAUGGGGCUGCUGGAUGCCGCCGGCAUUUAUGUUAUCAGUGAUCUGGGCGAGCCAAAAACCUCCAUCAACCGUGAAGAUCCUGAGUGGAAUGUUGAACUGUUGACCAGAUAUACAUCUGUUGUUGACUCUCUGGCAAACUAUACUAACGUGAUCGGCUUCUUCGCCGGCAACGAGGUACCCAACAAUCUGACGUACACCGGCUCCUCCGCCUUUGUCAAGGCUGCUGUCCGCGAUACCAAGGCGCACAUCAAGGCCAAGGGCUAUCAUGCGAUGGGUGUUGGAUACGCCGCCGACGAUCUUCCCUCUGUCCGCGCCAAUGUUGCAGCUUACUUCAACUGCGGCCCCACCGAGGAUCAGAUUGACUUUUGGGGAUACAACAUCUACGAAUGGUGCGGCGACUCGAGCUAUGUUCAGUCUGGUUACGCUGCCCGCGUUGCUGAAUUCGCCGGAUACUCUGUGCCAUCCUUCUUUGCGGAGUAUGGCUGCCAGACUCAAGGCGGUGGAGCUGCUGGCCGGAAGUUCUCUGAGAUUCCUGCUAUCUACGGAUCCAACAUGACUGAAGUAUUUUCUGGUGGAAUCGUCUACGAAUUCUUCCAGGAGGAGAACGACUACGGCCUUGCGUCCGUGGUAGGCCCAUCCUCCAUCAGCACGCUCGCUGACUACGCUCCUUUUUCUUCGCGACUCAAUGCCGCCACCCCCACUGGAGUCAACUCGGCGAGCUACUCUCCAACCAACAGUCCAAACGCCUGUCCUGCCGUGGCCUCCACCUGGGCCGUUUCCCCUUCUGGCCUCCCCCCUACGCCAAACCAGGCGGCUUGUGAAUGUAUGAUGGCUACCCUGUCCUGCACUGUCAAUACCAAGAACGUCAACGAUACCCAGAUCAGUGAGCUCUUCGGUACCGUCUGUGGCUACAACAAUGGCAAAGCGUGCGUCGGGAUCUCCACAAACACCACGACCGGACAAUACGGAGCCUAUUCCAUGUGUAGCCCGGAACAGAAGCUCUCGUACGCUUUCAACCAAUACUACGGCCAACAGAACAAGGCCUCUACCGCAUGUGACUUUGGCGGCGCUGCUCAAGUCGUCAAGGCCGCCGGUGCUGCAAGCAGCUGCUCCAGCGUCAUCGCCGCUGCGACGUCUGGCAAUCCCGUCCCAACCGGUAGCGGCUCCGAUUCUGGCUCUGGCGCCGCGGGCACUCCGACUAGCAAGAAGAGCGAGGCUCCCGGCCACGCCCUUGGUGCAAGCCUGGGAAUGGGCAAGUUCUUUGCUGUGGGCUUCACGCUCGUGGCUCUCCUUUCCGGUGCUGGGAUGGUGCUUUUGUAA